CAAAUUUCUGACCGGAUCAAAAUUGCACAAGCUCCCCAAAGCCUCUUUUUGUCUUCUGUUCUGGUUCUCCCGUGAAGGCCAAGCCAGGCUGAAGUUUCAUUAAUCCUCGACAAGAGCAACCACGCGGUAAGAGCCUACAGGGUUUGAAUUUUUUUGUUCUAUAAAUACACACAAAUGGAUUGGCAUUGUUGUCAAAUUGGUCAAGUCUUUUGUCUUUCUAUCGACCUCGCACAGUUUAUUUCCACACCGCCGCGGGUUCUGCCUGGGAGUCAAGGCCGUGUAGCUUUUUGAACCUGAAGCAAUGGAGACGCUUGUCUUUCUGUUUUCCUUUUCCGCCCUGGGCAUUCUGUACUGCAUGAACGCCGUUCCUGCGCUCCAAGAGCCAUAUGUGAUUCUGGUGAUCGGCAUUGCCGUGUUGGUUCUGGUCUUCAUCUUUUACCUUCUCAUCACUCGUGGGAACCCGCCCAAAGAUGUUCUGUUCUUUGUUUUUGCUGAGUUUUCCUUCACGUGCAUUAUUGACUUGACCAGUGCCUUGGAGUACGAUGGUGUCAUCUCCGGCUUUAUGGAAUUCUAUCGUAAGACCGGGGAGCCUUACCUGGGCACGGCUUAUGCCAUCAUGAUGUGUUACUGGGACGGAAUCGCUCAUUUUAUCAUGUACCUCGUCAUGAUUGGGAGAAUCGUGGACAGAAAAGGCUACCGCACACUGGGCCUGUUCUGGGCCGGCUCCCUAUGCGCCAACAUGAGCGUGUUCAUCACCGGCAUUGUGGCAGGGAAGUACGGCGCCGAGAUUCGUCCGGCCUUCUGGCUCAACUUCCUAUUCCUGGCGAUGCCUGCGUGGGGGGCGGUCACACUCUUUGCUCGGCCCAAGGACAGGCCGUUGAUUGGUGGAUAUAAUGCUCAGCAGGCUCAGAGCAUGAAGCUCAUCUGGCGCCCGCUGGAUAUGAUGCUCGUGCUUCUCCUGCUGGCCGCCAUGGCCUUCACGGUGCUCCGAGGGCUGGUGGCGCUGGACUCCCCUCUAGGAGUAUGUUCCCUCUACGUGAAGCACUACGAGCCCUACUUGCGUGAUCCGGCGGGCUACCCGAGAGUGAUGAUGCUGCACCUGUUCUUCUACGGACUACCACUGCUGGCAGCGUUUGUUUACGGUCUCCUCAAGCCAGGCUGCACAUGGAUGCCUGACUGGACUGUGUACUUUUCAGGAGCAAUGAUCCAGUGCCAGUGGGCUCACAUCGGGGGGUCACUCCACAAUCACACAAAAACCCCGUUUCGCAUCCAGAAUGAUGUAUUCUGGCCCGUGCUGGCGGCCAAUGUGCUCUACGCCAUCACUCCCCUCCUGGUGGCUUUGCGUGUGCGGAGUAACCCUUAUUUCUUUCUGAGGGUCGCUCCCUUCCCUGGGCAAACAGGUCUGCCAAAUAGUGAGGAGAAAGAUACCAAGUACAAAAAUAAAUAGUGGGAUGACUUGAAUGCCAAAAUAAAUGCUUAUUUUCUACAUCUUGAAUGUCUCGUAUCAAUAAACAGAAUGUUUACCUCACCGUGUAGCGAGUUAGCUGGCUAGCUCGCUAACAACAAAUUCAUUAGCUAGAUAGCUAGCUAAAUAAAUA